UUAUAAUCAUAACCAGGUUUUCCAUUUCAAAAAUUUGCAGUCGUGGGAUGAUAAACUACGGGCAGCUGAAGGUAAAGGCACCUUGGUCCUGCUACACAAUUUAGAUCCACUCUUUGCAUCCUCCGAAGUACAGAGUCUAGUUUGGACUGCAUUUGAGCAGAAGGUUGAGGCCAGAAUGAUAGCAUGCACUCCUUUUUUUGAUCCUCGCUAUGGAAAAGCGUUUGUCAUAUUCAAGUCAUCAGAUGAUGCAGAGUCUGCUAUAUUUCAAUUAGAUAGGAGAUGCCUGACUCUAGCUGAUGGGAGACCUGUCAUUGGUACCAUCUGCAGAGGGACUCUAAAACAGCCCGAUAAAACAUCCAAGUUUCUUGGACAUCUGAUGAUUGAUAGACACCGAGUUAAAAGCCUACAUGAAGAGAUGAGAAAGGCAGUAUCGACAUCGCACUUUGCUCAGCCCAAUACAGUUGAGUAUAAUAUGGCAAUGGACUGGUGUUUACUGCAGGAAAAGUCAGAAUUGUGGUGGAAGGCUUUAUAUCAGGACCGUGAGGAAAAAGAGAAGGAAAUAAAGAACUUGGGAGAACAAAAGUUGAAGAACCUAAUUAGCUGGCAUGGCAGUUCAUAGAUAUAUUUGGACAAAUUUUUGUUUGCGGUGAAUACAAAUUUACAGUAGAGUGAGAUAUGGG